AUGGACUUUGUGAUGACACACACCUACACGUCUGCCAAGAAGACCUACGUGGUCGUGCCCCAGCUGAGGGCACGGGUGGCACAGCCCUUGGGAGUGAGCAAGACGAGCUUCUACAGAGCACUGGAGGCCAUCAAGCGCAACAGGAGGAGGGUGGCGACGUUGGGGAUGCUGCAACACCUCAAAAGCACAGGCAUCAUCAGCCCCAACACACCCAAAUGCGAGCUCAUCUCCCUCAGGGCAGCUGGAGCUGUGCUCAGGGCUGCCCAAGUGCCACGUGGUGUGGUGGACAGCCUGCUUGGGAGGGUGGAGGUCGUCAUCAUUCCCUCCACGCCCUCAUCACCAGCAGCCUCCCACCAACAUGAUGAUGGUGAGCAGCAGGAUGGGGAUGACGGUGGGGAGCAGCAGCAGCAGCAGCAGCAGCAGCAGCAGCAGCAGCAGCAGCAGCAGCAGCAGGCAGAAGAUGAGCAGGCAGAAGGGGAGCAGGCAGAAGAUGAGCAGGCAGAAGGGGAGCAGGCAGAAGAGGAGCAGGCAGAAGGGGAGCAGGCAGAAGAGGAGCAGGCAGAAGAGGAGCAGGCAGAAGAGGAGCAGCAGCAGGAUGGCCAAGAAGCUACCACAGCAUGGCUCCUUCACCAGGUCAAGCCUACCAUGAUCCCCUCUCCACCCUCCAUGGUGGGGGGGGGGAGGUACGGCCUCAACACCCUCAAGGGCAUGGGGGAGAAGGAGGCAUGCAUGGAAGCCAUCAAGGCCAGCAUGGAGGACUUCAGGGAGUGGAACCAGAGCAUCUACAACGCUGGCAGGCCCCUUGAGAUGAGGCAGCAGGGGGCCAAGACGUGGGAGGCCACCAAGCAGAGGGUGCACGAGUACCUGGGGUACCUGUACAACUUCAAGGGAGUCAAGAGGCCGCAGCUGACCAACUACCUUGAUGCCCAGGCCUUUGUGGACUUCAUGGCCUUCGUCACUGCCAGGGGGGUGGACAAGGCUGGCCACACCAAGGUAGCCAACUCUUGA